AUGAAGCUCCUACUGACUCUUGGGGCCCUGGCAGUUGCCUCUGCGGUGCAAGUGAAUCCACUUCCCGCACCCCGAAACAUCACUUGGGGAUCGUCCGGUCCUAUUCGCGUCGAAGAACUGACCCUCAGCCACCAAAGCGCCAUCGUCACUCGCGCCUGGGACCGAGCAUGGAAGUCCAUUAGCACUCUCCAGUGGGUUCCAGCGGCGGUCGAAGCCCCGAUCUCUUCCUACCCAGCCUUCCCCACGGCGACCCCAAACGCGAAACGCGCGGAGACCCCAACGGUUCGCACCGUCCAGGUCCACAUUGCCGACCACCACGCGGAUCUCCAACAUGGAGUCGAUGAAUCGUACACCCUGGAAGUUUCCCAGGAUGUCCCUGCAAUUCGCAUCACCGCCAAAACCCCCUGGGGUGCCCUCCACGCCUUCACCACCCUCCAGCAACUCGUGAUCUCCGAUGGCAAAGGCAGCCUCAUCAUUGAACAACCCGUCAAGAUCCAAGAUGCACCCCUCUACCCACACCGUGGUAUCAUGAUCGACACAGGUCGAAACUUCAUCUCAGUGCGCAAGAUCCUUGAGCAGAUCGAUGGACUGGCUCUGUCGAAACUGAACGUUCUCCACUGGCACCUCGAUGAUGCGCAAUCCUGGCCGAUGGAGAUGCGCUCGUACCCCGAGAUGACCAAGGACGCCUACUCGCCUCGUGAGAUCUACACCGAGAACGACAUGCGUCGGGUGGUGGCUUACGCCCGGGCGCGCGGUGUCCGUGUCAUCCCAGAGGUUGAUAUGCCCGGCCAUUCCGCCUCGGGUUGGCAGCAGGUGGAUCCGGAGAUCGUCACCUGUACCAACUCCUGGUGGUCCAACGAUGUUUGGGAGCACCACACAGCUGUCGAACCGAACCCCGGCCAGCUGGACAUUAUCUACAACAAGACCUACGAGGUUGUAGAGAACGUGUAUCAGGAUUUAUCGCGCAUCUUCAGCGACAGCUUCUUCCACGUCGGAGCCGACGAGUUGCAGGCAAACUGCUACAACUACAGCUCUCACGUCACGAACUGGUUCGCCGAGGAUUCGUCUCGCACCUACAACGACCUGGCCCAGUACUGGGUUGACCAUGCCACCCCGAUCUUCCGCGCAGUGAACAACCGCCGAAUCAUGAUGUGGGAGGAUAUCGUCCUCUCGACAGAGAAUGCCCACGAUGUACCCAAGGACAUUGUCAUGCAGAGUUGGAACAAUGGAUUGGAAAACAUCAAAAAACUUACUUCUGCCGGAUACGACACCGUCGUCUCAUCCGCCGACUUCAUGUACCUGGACUGCGGGCACGGCGGCUUUGUCACCAACGACCCCCGCUACAACGAGCAGUCAAACGCCGACGGCAGCGUCAACUUCAACUACGGCGGCAACGGCGGAUCCUGGUGCGCCCCCUACAAGACCUGGCAGCGGAUCUACGAUUACGACUUCACGACCAACCUGACAGCCUCCGAGGCGAAGCAUGUCAUUGGUGCUGAGGCUCCUCUCUGGUCGGAGCAGGUUGAUGAUAUCAAUAUCUCGAACGAGCUGUGGCCUCGUGCUGCGGCGCUCGGUGAGCUUGUGUGGUCUGGUAACCGUGACAAGAAUGGCCACAAGCGUACCAAUGAGUUGACACAGAGAUUGCUCAACUUCAGAGAGUAUCUUGUUGCUAAUGGGGUCUUGGCUAAUGCCCUCGUGCCCAAGUGGUGUCUGAAGAACCCUCAUGGGUGUGACCUCUAUCAGAACCAGACUGCUGUUGCUUAG